UUACUCGGCAUUCUUGUUGUUUUCUGGUUAACACAGACCUUUCCGCGUGCACUAAAGAACCUCGAAAAGACGAACAAAAUGUUGAAUACGGGAAAACUCGCCGGUCGGACAAUUUUCAUCACGGGGGCAUCCAGGGGCAUCGGGAAAGAGAUCGCUCUGAAAUGUGCCAAGGAUGGAGCGAACAUCGUCGUAGCCGCCAAGACGGCCACCGCAAAUCCGAAACUUCCCGGAACGAUAUACACUGCCGCGGAAGAGAUCGAGAAAGCAGGUGGUAAGGCGCUGGCUGUGGUAAUGGAUGUCCGAGACGAAGCGAAUGUGAAAGCAUGCGUGGAGCAAGCUGCUGAUAAGUUUGGAGGAAUCGACGCUCUCAUCAACAACGCGUCCGCCAUAAAUCUGACUGCCACUGAGGACACGGAGAUCAAAAGAUACGAUCUCAUGCAUCAAGUGAAUGUCCGCGGCACCUUCAUCGCAUCGAAGUUGUGUAUACCCUUUUUGAAGCAGUCCAAGGUCGGAGGGAAAAUCAUUAACAACUCCCCACCGCUCAGCAUGAACCCCCGAUGGUUCGCCCCACAUGUCGCGUAUACUAUGACGAAGUUCGGUAUGUCGAUGUGUGCGCUCGGCAUGGCUGAAGAGCUCAAAAAAGACAACAUUGCCGUGAAUACUCUGUGGCCGAAGACAUCAAUCUACACAGCAGCCACUGCCAUGCUUGCUGGGGAUGAUAAGGUAGCGCAAGCGAACUCGAGGAAACCUUCUAUCAUGGCCGACGCUGCGUACGCCAUACUUUCGAAGCCUAACACCUUCACCGGAAAUUUCUGCAUCGACGAGGAGGUUCUCCGGGGCGAAGGAAUCACGGAUUUCGACCAAUACGCUUGCGUUCCCGGCAACGAGAUCAUGCUGGACUUCUUCUUACCGGACAAGUACUACGAAGGACAGAACAACGUUUUGGACACGUCGGGAGCCACGGGUGCCCCGAGCCUCGAGCGACUCUUCGAUAAAAUCAAGGGACUACUCAAUGAGGAAUUGGUGUCCAAGACGAAGGGUGUUUUCGUUUUCCAAAUCAAAGAAGGAGGGGAAUUCUUCAUCGACAUGAAAAAUGGCGCGGGAGCCACAGGGAAAGGAGCACCCGCUGAGAAAGCAGAUGUCACCUUCGUGGCGAACGAAGAUGCGAUGCUCUCUAUGUUCACUGGGAAGCUCAAACCCACCGCGGCGUUUAUGACGGGCAAAUUGAAAAUCAAAGGUGAUAUGGGGAAAGCCAUGAAGCUCGAGAAACUGAUGUCUCAGAUGAAGGGCAAGAUGUGAAGAACCCACUUUCCAGAAGCUCAAAGAGCCCCGACGUGCUACAAAUGACUCUGCAAUAGUUAAAUUCAUAUAAAUAAAACUGCGAUAUUUUUCAA